AUGUCAAGAAACAAUUUAAGACCACAUACUUGGGAGAUUUUAGGACCAUUCCCAAUUGGAACUCGAGAAAUAGGUUUUGGUGCAGAUCCAUUAGAAGCAUAUGGCGGAUUCGCAAACCUAAAAUACUCGACAACUGAAACAUAUCCUUCUGAAUUAGCGGACAAUGGAGUAGUUGGUUGGUCUAUGAUCUCGGAAAAUGAAGAUGGAUCGGUUGGUCCUUUCAAUUUUCCGAAUGUUAGGUGGAAUUUUAAUCAACAACCGCUUGGUUGGGCGAUAAAUCAGUUCCAAAUUUGGGCACGGGGAAAAUUCAAUGUACCUUCUGACUCAUUUUCCGACUCUCCAGAUACAACAACGAGGAUGGACACUACCACGAUAAAAUUUCAAUGUUAUAAUAUCACAGAAUUUUACAUUGAUGAUAUACGUUUUUACGGUGACUUUUACAACUACAAAAAUCAAUGGCACAUUUCACAUCUAACUCCGGGAACUCAUACAAUCAGAGUUCGUGUAGUGAAUGAGAUUCGUAUUUUUGGUGGAAAAGUUCCACCGACUGUUCGAUUUUCAGUGGAUAUUUAUCAGUCGAAAGAUUCGUUCCUAAUACUUGAAAAUGAAGGUGUCUAUACUUCAGUUAUUGUUCCGGAUAUUGUGGAUGGAAUGCUGGCGGGAGAAGUUAUGAGCAUUCCAAUUUUGAAUGCUGGUAAUCUUUGGGGUUAUGUAGAUAAAGUUGAAGCAUUAAUGCCAGAGGGCUCGGAUUUUGAAACUGCAAAAAAUACGAAACUUUUCGAAGCAAGACUAGACAAAGGCUCAAAUUCCGAUACCAAAAAAGAUACAUUUUUUCGAAUAGCUCCAUCACAACAACGAAAUCUAAAAAUCUAUCUAAAACUAGCCGACAAUAAUCAGUCACAGAAUGAUAUUUCUUUUCAAUUAAAAUUUGGUAUUAUGCUGGAAAACAAUACAUACAUCACUCUAAAUUCCAAUACAAUCACAAUCAUCUCGAGGAAAUUCGGCGAACCUUUCAAGUUUACAUUUGAGGAUUUUGAUGGAACGGUUCAAUAUGCUAUUGCUAUUCCGCCACUCGAACUUAUUACUACUGGCACUUGUCCUUUACUUUUGGCCUUACACGGAGCAGGUGUAGAAACUGAGAUGUCAUUUUGGAAAAAUGCUAUCAAAAGACAAACAAAGGCUUGGGUUUUACUACCAAGUGGAAGAACUCCUUGGGGAUAUGAUUGGCAUGGACCGAGCAGAACGAAUGUAUUUACUUCAAUAGAAAGUUUAAAGUACCUACCUUUUGUGAAUAUACAAGAUUUUAGUCCAAUCGUCUUAGCAGGACAUUCGAAUGGGGGUCAAGGUACUUGGCAUUUUUUGACACAUUUUCCCGAUUCAUUUAUUGCAGCCGUGCCAGUUGCAGGAUUCACGAAAAUUCAACGCUAUGUUCCAUAUUAUUGGAAUAGUGAAGCGCAUAUUGAUCCUAUAUUACAAGCGGCAAGUAUUCUUGAAUCUUCUAUUGCGGAGAACAACAACGACUUGUAUGCUUCGAACCUUACUGGCAUCCCAAUUUUAGCUCGAACAGGUUCUGAGGAUGAUAACGUUCCACCAAUACAUUCACGUAGCCUUGUUCGUCUCGUCAAUGAGCAUUCACAUAAUAAUAGUGCGAUAAAAUUACUAGAAGAUCUAGGAAAGGGACAUUGGUUUGAUGAUGCAUUAAGUGAUGCCAAAAUUCAGCCAUUUUUUGAUAAGCACCUUUACCAAAAAAAUGAAAACGAAGGAGGGACCAAUGAAACUGAAUUUUAUCGUCAAUUUUCAAAAGGAUUAUUUUCUCAAAAAAAAGAAUUCACUCUGACUCUGAUAAAUCCUGCGGGUUGUGGUACUAAAGGUGGAGUAAAAAUCGAGCAACUGGAGACUCCUUAUAGAUUGGCAAGAUUUACUAUGUUUUUGGAUAAGCCGUCGGAUCCCAACAAAUUAUUCGAUUUCAGAACCACAAAUAUCAGUAGAUUUACAGUUAAUAAAGUAAAUAGACAAGGAAACUUAAAAUUACAAAAGGUAUUAUAUUCUAAGAAGGAAAAUGGAACUUGGGAGAUAACAAAUGACAACGAAUCAUGGAAGAAAACUCAAAGACACAGCGAUAAUUACGGACCUGCAAUUCAGGUUCUCGAGUCUCCUGGACCAUUGUUAAUUAUAAUUGGAAACCAAUUUAAAGACAAGCUAUCUUCAAUAUACUAUAAAGAAUACGCGGAAAUUAUAACUUCUGGUCAAGUCCCAAAUGGCAAUUUAGUAUUGCUAGGUGGUCCAGAUAUCAAUUAUGCUACGAAGAAUUUACUUGAUAAGAGGCCUAGUUCAGUGACAUUUGAUACAGAAAGUUUUACGAUUGCAAAAAGGAAAUUUUACGAAAAGAAUACAGGAAUACUUUUUCUUCAUCCACCUAUUGCAAAGCCACAUUUAGCAUUAAUUAUUGCUGGUACGGAUGAAGUAGGGUUUGAAAAUGCUGCGAAAUUAUUUCCGAAGAUAACCGGCGUGCCGGUUCCUGAUUGGAUCAUUGUUGGCCCCGAAGUGAAAUGGAAAGGCGUUGGAGGAUUACUUGGAGCUGGGUUUUGGAAUAAUCAAUGGAAAUUUAAUCCUUCUACAGGGUAUCUACUUUAG